CUUUCAUGUUUUUCAAGUGUUAAAUACGUCAAACAAGCUUUUAGAUUUGUUAAUUUUAUAAACCAGUUUUCUCCCAGAAUGCUAUACCAAUGAAGUCACGCCUCCUAUUUUAUCACACAAUAUAAAAGUCAUUUUAACGAUUCCAUAUAUAAAAAAUUAAGUUGAAAAGUACAUUUAUAUUGUUGGAGAAUCCAGUAAAAAAGAAAAGAAACUUAUUAAAAAUUAAAGUAUACUUUAUUUUCUGAAAUGGCAGACUCUGUUGAAACAAAAACGGGCUCAUAUUCUGGAGGUGUGGAUGUUGUUAAAAAUAAACAUGAAAAAAAGAAUCAAAAAAUCAAUUUGGAUGACUUGAAGAAAGAAUUAGAAAUGUUUGAACAUAAAAUGGAAUUGGCUGAACUGCUAAAAUCCCUAGAAACUAAUGUUGAUACUGGGCUAACCGCUUCAGUUGCUGCUCGCAAUUUGGAGCGUGAUGGUCCAAAUGCUUUAACUCCUCAGAAACAAACAUCUGAAUGGGUUAAAUUUUUAAAACAGAUGUUUGGAGGUUUUGCCAUGUUGUUAUGGGUAGGUGCACUUCUGUGUGUUUUUGCUUAUAUUAUACGGUCAACAAGAGAGGAAAGUCCAGCAAAAGAUGAGCUAUACCUGGGUAUUGCUUUAACUGUGACAGUUAUUCUGAGUGGAUUUUUUUCAUAUUAUCAGGAGGCAAAAAGCUCUAGGAUUAUGGAUAGUUUUAAAAAAAUGAUUCCACAAGAAGCUGUUGUGUUACGUGAUGGUAAAAAAGUUACUAUUAAUGCUGUUGAUUGUGUAGUUGGUGACAUCACUUUUGUGAAGUUUGGUGACAGAAUUCCUGCUGAUAUUAGAAUUAUUGAUUGCCGUGGUUUAAAGGUUGAUAAUUCAUCUCUUACUGGAGAGUCAGAACCUCAAUCUCGGGGGACUGAGUGCUCGUCUGACAACCCUAUUGAAACAAAGAAUCUUGCUUUUUUUUCAACUAAUGCUGUUGAAGGUACUGCCACUGGGGUAGUUGUUAGAACUGGUGAUAAAACUGUUAUGGGACGAAUUGCUAUUCUUGCAUCUGGAUUAGAAAGUGGUCAAACUCCGAUAGCUAUAGAAAUAGAGCAUUUUAUUCAUAUUAUCACUGGUGUUGCGGUUUUUAUUGGCAUAUCUUUCCUUAUCAUAUCGCUUGCAAUGGGUUAUCAUUGGUUAGAGGCUGUUGUUUUCUUGAUUGGAAUUAUUGUUGCAAAUGUUCCAGAGGGUUUGCUUGCGACUGUUACUGUAUGUUUAACGUUAACUGCUAAAAAAAUGGCUAAAAAAAAUUGCCUUGUAAAGCAUUUGGAGGCUGUUGAAACACUGGGAAGCACCUCUGUUAUUUGUUCUGAUAAAACUGGUACAUUGACUCAAAAUCGUAUGACUGUUGCUCACAUGUGGUUUGAUAAAAUGAUUGUUGAAGCUGACACAACAGAAGAUCAAUCUGGUGUGGCACAUGAAAAAGAAUCGUCUACAUGGAUGGCUCUUGCACAGAUUGGAGCAUUAUGUAAUCAUGCUGAGUUUAAACCCAAUCAGGAUAAUAUUUCUAUUCUUAGAAGAGACUGUAUUGGUGAUGCCUCAGAAAUAGCUAUUCUAAAAUUUAUAGAAAGUUCUGUUGGUAAUGUCAUGGAUAAAAGAGCCAAAAAUAAAUUAUUAGCAGAAAUUCCUUUCAACUCAACUGAUAAAUUUCAAGCUUCUGUACAUGAGUUGGCUGAUGAUAAACGAUAUCUUCUAGUAAUGAAAGGUGCACCUGAAAGAAUAUUGGACAGAUGUUCAACAAUUCUUAUAAAUGGAAAUGAGUAUCCCAUAGAUUUAGAAAUUAAACGGUCUUAUAAUCAUGCAUAUGAAGAACUAGGUGGUCUUGGUGAAAGAGUUUUAGGUUUUUGUCAUUAUUACUUACCUGUUGAUCAAUAUCCUAAAGGAUUUUUGUUUAAGACUGAUGAGGAACAGAAUUUUCCAUUAGAAGGGCUAUGUUUUGUUGGUUUGUUAAGUAUGAUUGAUCCUCCUCGAGCUGCUGUCCCUGAUGCUGUUAGCAAAUGUCGAAGUGCUGGUAUAAAAGUCAUCAUGGUAACUGGUGAUCAUCCAAUUACAGCUAAAGCAAUUGCAAAAGGUGUUGGAAUUAUUUCAGAAGGUAACGAAUGUGUAGAAGAUAUAGCGCAACGAUUGAAUAUAAAUGUAGAAGACGUAAAAAAGGGGGAUGCUAAAGCUUGUGUUAUUCAUGGAUCUAAACUUAAAGAUAUAUCACAAAAUGACUUGGAUGAAAUUUUAAGAACUCAUACUGAAAUCGUAUUUGCACGAACAUCACCACAGCAAAAAUUAAUUAUUGUUGAAGGAUGUCAGAGAGUAGGUUCUAUUGUUGCAGUAACUGGUGAUGGUGUUAAUGAUUCACCUGCAUUAAAAAAAGCUGACAUAGGUGUUGCUAUGGGAAUUGCUGGAUCAGAUGUUUCUAAACAAGCUGCUGAUAUGAUAUUACUAGAUGAUAAUUUUGCUUCUAUUGUUACUGGUGUUGAAGAAGGUCGCCUUAUUUUUGACAACCUUAAAAAAUCUAUUGUCUAUACUUUAACAAGUAAUAUUCCUGAAAUUACACCUUUCCUAAUGUAUAUUUUGUUUGGUAUUCCCUUACCAUUGGGAACAGUCACUAUACUUUGCAUUGACCUUGGGACUGAUUUAAUUCCAGCUAUUUCAUUAGCUUAUGAAAAAGCUGAAAGUGAUAUCAUGAAACGCAAACCAAGGGAUCCUUCACAUGACAAGCUUGUUAAUGAGCGGCUUAUCAGCGUUGCUUAUGGUAUGAUUGGUAUGGCUCAAGCUUGCGGCGGUUUUUUUACAUAUUUUGUAAUCAUGGCUGAAAAUGGUUUUAUGCCAUCAGACUUGUUUGGAAUAAGGAUUAGGUGGGAUGAUAUAAAUGUUAAUACUUUGCCAGAUUCUUAUGGAAACGAAUGGACCUACCAUCAGCGUAAAGAAUUGGAGUUAACAUGUCAAACAGCUUUCUUUACUACCAUUGUUGUUGUUCAAUGGGGAACGCUUAUCGCCAGUAAAACUAGAAAACUUUCACUUUUUAGUCAAGGAAUGGGAAAUUGGUUUUUAAAUUUUGGCUUGUUUUUUGAAACUGCUCUUGCGAUUUUCCUUCAAUAUACUCCUGGUAUAAAUAUGGGACUUCGUUUACGUCCUAUGAAUUUCUCUUGGUGGUUUACUGGGCUUCCUUACACAUUCUUAAUCAUUAUUAGUGACGAAAUUAGAAGAUAUAUUUUAAGAAGAUAUCCUAAAGGUUGGGUGGAGCAAGAAACCUACUAUUAAUCGACUACACUGCAUGACUACAUGACCACAGCUCAUCAUAAGUAAAAAAUUGUAAACUAUUUAUUGAUUAUUAGGGCGAUUUAUAGCCCAUGCAGAAUUUAAUAUGUAAAAAAAAGUUUUUCGUUACAUUUCUUUAGUUGGUCAAACUAUUUAUGUAAUAUUUGCACGAUUAUGCGACAGCUUGUUCAAAUUAUCUACCUUUUAAACUCUUUUUUACCUAUUUAUUUUAUUUUUGUAUUUUUUUAAACUUUUUAUUAAUACUGAAUUUUAUGAAUACUGCAUGUUUUAGAAUUUUUACAUCACGAUGAUUUUUCUUCGGUUAAAAUGGGCAAAAAUAGUAUUAAAUUUUUUACUAUCGUU